CAUAUGAUGGCCCCAGUCCUUUGACGCCAUUUGAAACAUCGCAGGACUGUUUUUCUUCAGGUACUUGCUAAUGUUGAUCAAUUAGUUAUUGUUUUAAUUUGUUGACCGGCACGAUACACCAUUAUUGCUGGAUAGCUUUCUGACCAGAUGGUAUUAUUUAAUUAGCUAGAUCUUGACGUUCAAGUUGUGGUUGCUAACUAGGUAGCAGGUUGGCCUAUUAUUUGUCGGUGCAGAUUUCUUGUUUCGGAACUUACAUAUUCUCAUUGAUGCAAUAAACACAGACAACAUUGAUUAAUCGGCGAGCCUAAGUACUGAGCUGAUUGUCCAUAGUGUCUUUCAGACAAAUGGAUGGCGAAGAGGACGAAUUCUUCUCCGGGAACCACUCUGAUGGUGGUGGCACCCCGGUACAGGACGAAAAUGCUCCCGGUUCAGAUGCGGAAGAGGAGAGGAAGGAGUCGUGCCACUCAGAGGAUGAGAAUAGUCAUGGUGAGGGAGCAGCUCAGGCCAUGGAGACAAACGGUUUGGCCAGUGGGUCAGACAACGAGGGCCACAAAAGGGAGGACAGUGACUCUGAGGAGGAGGAACCAGUCAAACGCGGCACCUCAGACAUAGAGUGCACCCCCCCACCCAAACGCAGAGGCAGCAACUCAGACAUAGAGUGCACCUCCCCACCCAAACGCAGAGGCAGCAACUCAGACAUAGAGUGCACCUCCCCACCCAAACGCAGAGGCAGCAACUCAGACAUAGAGUGCACCUCCCCACCCAAACGCAGAGGCAGCAACUCAGACAUAGAGUGCACCUCCCCACCCAAACGCAGAGGCAGCAACUCAGACAUAGAGUGCACCUCCCCACCCAAACGCAGAGGCAGCAACUCAGACAUAGAGUGCACCUCCCCACCCAAACGCAGAGGCAGCAACUCAGACAUAGAGUGCACCUCCCCACCCAAACGCAGAGGCAGCAACUCAGACAUAGAGUGCACCUCCCCACCCAAACGCAGAGGCAGCAACUCAGACAUAGAGUGCACCUCCCCACCCAAACGCAGAGGCAGCAACUCAGACAUAGAGUGCACCUCCCCACCCAAACGCAGAGGCAGCAACUCAGACAUAGAGUGCACCUCCCCACCCAAACGCAGAGGCAGCAACUCAGACAUAGAGUGCACCUCCCCACCCAAACGCAGAGGCAGCAACUCAGACAUUGAGGGUCCCCCAGUCAAACACAGAGGCUGCACCUCUGACAUGGAGGAGAAAGAAACCAAGCAGGCUGCAGCCGGGAGCGACUCUGAGAACGAGGAUCAGCCCCCGUCUCCAGCCCGGAGCAGACACUCGAAUGCACGCAGUGAUUCUGAGACGGAGGUGCCCGAAAACAAAGCACAGAUCGAAUCUGAUGGAAAGGAGGAGUGCGGUGAUAAGAAGGGGAAGUGGAAGGCUGUAAUGCAUUCUGACAGUGAGGAUGAGGUGGAGGCUCGGUCAGUGAAAGCAGCUGCAGGCAGUGGCCAGGAGAAGGAUAGUCCCGCAAAACAGGUGGUGGACGAUAGUGAGGAUGACGACGCAAUGCCAAUGAAGAGGAAGAAAGCCAUCCUGUCAGACAGUGAAGAUGAGGAGGAGAAGGCUGACGAACCAGCGUCGAAGAAGAGCCGCACUGUGUCUGACGACGAGAACUCUGACAGUAACGCAGGCUCAGAAGCGCCCGACAAAACCAUGGCCAAACUGCGGGAGCUGGGCUCAGAAAGCGAAGAUGAGGAUGAUGGACAGAAGGCGGCAGGAGGGAAGAAGGACGAAAAAACACUGUUUGGUAGCGACAGCGAAUCAGGUGACGAAGAAGAGAAAAUGAUUGCUGACAUUUUUGGUGACUCAGGUGAUGAAGAGGGGGAAGAGUUUACGGGUUUCAAUCAGGAGGAUCUGGAGGGGGAUAAGAACCAAUCACAGGCCUCGGCAAAGAAAGCAAUGGCAGACGACUCGGACUCUGAUGAGGGCGUGGACAGGGGUGGUGGCCAAGACACCAGCUUCAUGUCAGACUUUGACGUGAUGCUGGCUCGUAAGAAGGCCCAGAGCGGGAAGCGACGACGCAACCGCGACGGGGGAACGUUCAUAAGUGACGCUGACGACGUGGUCAGCGCCAUGAUCGCCAAGAUGACAGAGGCUGCAGAGGAGGACAGAACACUGAACGCUCAGAAGAAGCCAGCCUUAAAGAAGCUGACCCUCCUCCCCACUGUAGUUAUGCACCUGAAAAAGCAAGACCUCAAGGAGACGUUCAUCGACAGUGGAGUGAUGUCGGCCAUCAAGGAGUGGAUCGGCCCCCUGCCAGACAAGAGUCUCCCGGCCCUCAAAAUCAGAGAGGAUCUCCUCAAGAUCCUACAGGAACUCCCCAGUGUGAGUCAGGAGACUCUUAAACACAGCGGGAUUGGCCGAGCCGUCAUGUUCCUCUACAAACACCCCAAGGAGUCACGCCCCAACAAGGACCUCGCCCUCAAACUCAUCAACGAGUGGUCCCGCCCCAUCUUUGGUCUGACAUCUAACUACAAGGGCAUGACGCGCGAGGAGAGACAACAGAGAGACCUUGACCAGCAAAUGCCGCCUAAAAGACUCCUCAGCUCAGGGGGACAGACUCCUCAUAGAGACCUGGAGAAAGUACUGACAGGAGAAGAGAAAGCUCUGCGCCCAGGUGACCCUGGGUUCUGUGCCCGAGCCAGGGUGCCCAUGCCAUCCAACAAGGACUACGUUGUGCGGCCCAAAUGGAACGUGGAGAGCGAGUCCAGAGCAGCCCCGGUUAAGAAGGGCGUGUCACGGGUGGACAAACAGUUGCGUCGCUUUGCCGACAUCAAGCGUAUGACGAAGACGGGCCACGCGGUGAAAAUCAGCGUCCAGGGCAACCGGAUGCCCCUCUGAUUUUAAUAAAAACUUCUAGCUUUUUUCCCAACUUUUUAUUUUCUUUCUCCUUUUUUAAUAUGUUGCUCCUAGAACGUGGGCCUAGUUCAAAUGGUUCAUCCUCAUGACUUUCUUGAAGUGAUUGGCUACGUGAAAGCAUAGGUUUCACUGAUCCAGUAAUAUCAGAGCUGUGAUUUAUUCCAAGGAAGGGAGGAUAGAAUAAUGCAAUUAUUUCUUUGAUUUGGGCCAGGGUCCCGUGCGCUUUAGCCAACUCCUCUAACAUGACAAUGUUUAGACGAGUUGGCUCAAGCACAUGGGACCAUUCCCUAUACAAACCCCCUCAGCCCAGCCUGAAUGGAUGAUAGUGGUGUGGCUUCACAGGCUGGGAUAGAUUCACGUUACAGCGCGAUUGAGCAGACAUGCAGCGUUUACCAAACCAUUGCAAAUCGCUCCAUAUUGUUUUACUUUGUUUCUGAAGAAGCUGUACAGACGUAGGCGUGCUGCCUGUGUGUCUCCACUGUGUGCUGGUUGGUUCUGAAGUUACUUUCAUAAUAAAGAGGGUUUCACCAGA